CGGCCUCGUUCUGCGCGCGAUCCACCACAACCCAGAGCGCGCGAUCCGGCGCGCAGCCAACACGGAGGCAGGCAGGAAGAUCGAGCGAGCAGACGCGGAGCCGGCGGAAUGGCUUCGACGAUGCUGGCGGAAGCGGAAAUCUGGGAAACAUAUGGGGAGACUUCUGCAGGAACCCUUCAGAGCUCGCGAGAAACCAUUGCCCUGUUCCUCCAGAGAUAUAACCACUGCCUCGGGCAAAUCUCCUUUCCUGCUUCCUCAUCUUCCACUCUCGGUAGAGCGAACCCCCCCGUGUUUUGCGGGUCUCGUUAGCCCACAGCGCCGCGAGCAGCCAGUGUCACGCUGCAGGCAGGCAGGCAGGACGGUCGAGCCGAAGCAAAGGCGACGAAAUGGACUCCAUUUCGGACGCGGCGCCGAGCUUGCUGGCGAUAGCCGGGAUUCUGAAGCAGUCAGCUGACGGCAUGGCGGCGUGGUCGGUGGAGGAUCUGACGCUGGGGCUGUACCGCCUCAGCCUGAAGCACGCCGCCGGGAAAGACGUCGACGCCAUUCCGGGCGAUGUCGUCCGCAACAGCCAAGAGCGCUCCCAAAUCCGCUACUGCCACAUCUGUGCCUGCUGCGGCAAAGGCAGUGCCUCGCUUGCAGCCAAUGUCGUUCCCGAAACCCCUGCUGUGGUCCCUGUUCGCCUGGUGGCGCCGGGGCAGCUGUACCACAUUCUGCGCAAAGCGCCCGCCUCUCUGCAAGAGCAGUUCAACCUCCCCCCUCUGCCGGCCAAGCGGGAGAAGCAUGCAGAGGAGAAGUUGUUUGUGGAGGAGGAGACAGACAUGGACAAGCGAGGGAUGUUUGACGCGCAGAAGCAGCAGAACGGGGUAGCAGUGGGGGGCGAGGUGAAGGAAGAAGCGCCUGCGCCUGCGCCUGCGCCGGCGGUCGUGGCGGGACCUGCUGUGUCGCAUGUGGUGGUGCGCGGAGCUGACCCUAAGCCCCGGUUUCUGCGCAUCAUUCUGAGUGAUGCGCUGCUUGCUGACCAUAGCUGCAAGCUGUACGGGAAGGGGAUCAUAGAUGCCAUGCAAUGGUGCAUGUAGGUUAGAGUGUUGAUAUGGCUUUAGGUAUUGGUGUUUUACCUCUCAAAAUAACGCAAUGAAUUAGAAUGAGUGAUACACGGUGGUUUUGUCCUAAGGAGUUGUACUUGUUAAAAUUAUAUAAGUUAUAAUUUAAUAUAGGCUUGGUAGGUUGUUACUGAACCUUUCUGUAGGGGUUAUAAUUUAAUAUAGGCUUGGUAGGUUGUUACUGAACCUUUCUGUAGGGGGUACAAACCCCUCCUUGUACUCCCCUCUCUU